CUCUCUCUCCGCCGUACUCAAAGGAUAAUUUAUUACCUUGCGAUUUAACGUCUUCAUUCGCGAAGAUGUUAUUGCCGCCGACUGGUUCACUGAUUGUUCAUGGUCAAUGUUAUCUUUUGUUCGACAUCCCUCUGCGGCAUUAAAUGGAGGAAACUCGUGUGGGGCGAGGUGGCCGGUGGCUUCGGCGGCACGCCCCUCGAAGAUCCGGUACUGUCGAGUUUCUCGCGAUGUUUAGCUGGUGACAUUCUGUGCGUGUGGCGACGCGUGGCCGCCACGCCGGUCACCUCCGGCCCGGCGGCGGCCGCCACCGCCGCCUCGGCGUCCGGAACUGGCAUCUACGACGUGGGCAUCUCACCCUCGCCGGCGCCUCCACCGCUCUCCCUCACCGCCGCCAAGGAGCUCUGGAUCUUCUGGUACGGCGAAGAACCUGAUCUCUCCGGUCUAGUAUCGCCGGAGCUCAUCGCUUGCGAAAGCGAGCAAGGUUCUUGGGAAAGCGGAUUGUCGUACGAAUGCCGGUCACUUCUCUUCAAGGCUCUGCAUAACUUGAUUGAACGGUGUUUGCUAUCCCGUGACUUCGUUCGCUUAGGAAAGUGGUUUGUGCAACCUUACAAUGGCUACGAGAAACACCGUUGCAGCAGCAGCCACCUGUCGUUCUCGUUUGCAUUCUUUGUUCAUGGAGAAAGCACUGUAUGCGCGAGUGUGGAUGUUAGGCAGCAUCCUGCAGUGCGAUAUCUUACAAAGACAUGUCUACAACGUACCCAGACCUCCCAAUCUGGCGUUAAGGUGAUCCUAGCUCCUUACGGACUAGCGGGUACAUUAACGGGUCAAGUGAGCCGUAUGGAUAGUCAACUUCUUGAAGAAUGGAAACAUUUCUAUCCGAUCAGUACUGGCAGUAACCCGGAGACCGGGCUUCCGCCUCUCGUGGAGGUUCUCGUCGGUGGCGUGCGCAUGCGUUAUCCCUCUUGUUACGUCUUAGUUACGGAUAUGGAUGAUACGCCACCAGAAACUCCUCUUUCGCCUCCGAGUAGUCCCAUUAUUUGCGAGAGACCCCUCUUAACGCAACAGGAACUAAGUGCAGCUACCGAAUUGCCAGAACGCGUGUGGGCAGAAUGUACUUUGAGUUCACCAGUGUCUGCUUCCAAGACAGAAUCUUCCAUGGAACCUGGAACCUGGACGUUUGUGGAACCGACGCAAAAGUCUUCCUGUACCUGUUCAUGUUCGAAGUAUACGACCCCCGGGGGUUGGAAGAGCCUGGCCUCCUCUCAGGUUCAGAGGGAGAGGGUAGAUAAAGGUGGACGGAGGGUCGUACCGUUUCACCGACGCUCUACCACCCAGUGGGACGCUUGUCCCUCUGUCCCUGCUAAUGCCCCCAGGUCGGUACUGAGUAGAACGGAAGCACCUAGUACACCACCAGGUGGUCCACCCUCAUAUUCGCGUGGACCACCAACAGGAGGAGAUUGUUUACCGGUACCGUCGGUCGGCUCGCCAGGUUCCCCGGCGCCUUCACCUCUUCUUACUCCGCAUUCUGAGCCAGCGUCGGUUCCACCCGCGGAGCCUACGAUGCCGACUCUCAGUCCGCAGCCUCCACCAAGUCACACGAACACUGCCCCACCUUUAACUCCGUCGCAAGGGCCCAAGUCUAUUUCUUCCGCAUGCAACAAUCAGGUGCAUAGUCCGUCGGUUCCUGGACCGAUAUUGAAACGACCAAUCUUGGUGUCCAGAGAAUACGAAGGCGCUCUCUUGGAGGACGAGCAACCACUGUCCUGGCUCUACGAUUACUCGCUCCAGGAAGCAUGGCUGAAUCAUCCUGUGAAGCGCUUCAAAGCUAUGAAUGUCAGUCCGCCGAUCAAUCGAAGUAACACUUUGUAUCCACCGAUGAAUUCUCAAACACUCCAAUCUCAAGCUCCUAAACUGGAAAUUAAACAAGAACCUGUUGCGGUUGGUGAAUGCAUCGGAAGAAGAACAGAUCCAUAUGAAUUUGACGCAACAGGAGAAGAAAAUGGCACGAAUGUCGAUGGUCUCAGACGACAAAGGGACGAUCCAUCGAAACCGGGAUCUCUCUUCACCAGCGAGGGCCUCCAGCCAUCGUACAAAGAUCUAGAUCAAAUAUUCGACAAUUCCGAUCCCGACACUUCUAGCGAUGAAACGAAUUUGAAUCAGCUGCAGAUACAAACACCACCAGGUUCGAAUAAAUCUAGUGGAUUGCACGAAGAGACGAGAGUGGAUGGUGCAAACAAGAAUAAUAAUCGAGGAGUCACGGUUCUACGACCGGAAGAACUAUCCAAGAUGUUUCCAACUCCACCUUCUCUAGAGCAUAAUCCCGUUGCCUCGCCUUGCCAGCUGAGCGAUCCCCUCAUGGACCAGACUGAGCUACUGAUUCCUUCGCGACCACUCAGACAUCUGCCUGACAUUUAUCCCAAUAUGGGCUCUCCACAAGAAGAAUCAAUCGACGAUUGGUCGUACGUGUUCAAGCCGGCGAUCAUCUGUAAGAUGGUCGGUUCUUCCAAAUACGCACCCCUCACGAAUCUGCCUAGCCAAUCUCUGCCAUCCGUCACACUGCCAUCGCACUGCGUGUACAGACCUUCCUGGCAGUGCAAUUCUGCUUCCACCAAUCAGGCGGACAAAUCUCUUCCACCAACUAGACCCGGAUCAGUACAACAACAGCAGCAACAACAACAACAGCAGCAACAGCAACAGCAGCAGCAACAACAGCAGCAGCAGCAACCUUGCCCACAAAGUCCGGCGCCACCCUAUCGUUCGGCCACUCUAUCCGGUAGGCCACCCCCACCCCCGUACGACCAACCCAGUCCGGCUACUUCCACUACUUCUUCAUAUCUUAAUAAAAAUCUCAAUAGCAUUGAGGCAGAUACACCAGGACCCGCUCGUGCGCCCGAAUCAAAUUCCCUUGUGGUGAAUAUUCUUCUUGGUGACACCGCACUCAACAUCUUCCGCGAUCACAACUUUGAUAGCUGCAGUUUAUGUGUAUGCAAUGCUGGGCCCAAGGUCGUAGGCAAUAUUAAGGGUGCCGACGCAGGCGUUUACCUCAGUAAUUCAUGGGCAAACUCUGCGCCCAACCAGGAAGACGAUCAAAUCAGAUGUAGUUGCGGUUUUAGCGCGGUGGUGAAUCGUCGACUUGCACACCGAGCAGGCUUGUUCUAUGAAGAUGAGAUGGAGAUCACAGGUGUCGCCGAGGAUCCGGCGGAAAAGAAGAAAGGCUCACUCACUGCAAUCGCAUGUCCCGGAGCGAAAACCACUCCAGACGGCCUCGACAUAAUACCACCGAACGUUCUUGAGUUAUUACGCGAACAAUGCUUGAUUGUGCAAAGUUCAGCUAGCAGUCUGUAUAGAGCAGCUAGGAUAUGCGCUACCACAAAAAGUUACCCGACGUUAACACCGACAGUGAACACUCUGGAGUUCAACGAUGGCAACGAGGUGUGUGUCGCAGCGCUCGAUCAAGGCAAACUCGACGGCGUGCAUAAUGAAAGAACAGCGCGCGUGAACGGUGUCCACCGAUGGGUAUUCCUCAGGGCGCGAGGUCCCCAAUGUAGCGGCGACAUCGUGCGAAUGAUGAGGUCGCUGCAACCGCUGCUCCAAGAUGCGGUACAGAAAAAAUGUACAACUCGCAUGUGGGAGGCACCGUAUACCGUUGCUGGACCGCUCACGUGGCGACAGUUCCAUCGUUUAGCCGGCCGUGGCACCGACGAUCGUUGCGAACCACAACCGAUACCUGCUCUAGUCGUCGGAUACGAUCGCGAUUGGUUAUCGUUAUCACCAUACGCGGUUUGCUUCUGGGAAAAACUGUCGCUAGAACCAUUUGCCGGGCCUCGAGAUGUCGCUUAUGUGGUUGUUGCGCCUGACAGCGAUUGCAUCGUCAAUAGAGUCAAGUCGUUCUUCCGGGAGCUGUCCUGCACAUAUGAGAUUUGCCGGUUAGGAAGACACACGCCAAUCUCGAAACAGUUGCGCGAUGGAAUUCUACGCGUCGGCAAGUCUACCGUGCAAAAACUGACGAAACAACCAAUGGACGAUUGGUUCAAAUUUUUAGGAGAGAAUCAUAUAGGCGAAUUAUUGAGGCUAUACGCCCAAGCAUGUAAUCAUCGAUUGGCUCCAUAUCUGACACAAGUCAUACAAGACCGUAGUUUGUUAGAUCCCAGUGAUUCACAAUCGACCAAUAAACAACAGCAACAACAAUCCACAACAAUUCCCAUUUCCGAUACGAUGCCAGCUACGCCAGAUGUAUUAACGACCAAACCCGAAUCUGUCGAAGGGGAGAAUCCAAGAAGUGAGACUCCCUCUUCGAGCACAACGACCAAUCAAACCACUACUAAUACAACAGGUAAUACAACACCGACUUCGCAAACCACAAGCAACACGACACCGAUUACUACGACUACAGGUCCGGACGAAGAAGAGAUCGAACCUCCGGCGAUCGUUGUCUACUUUGUCGAACCUUUCUCGUUAGGCGGCACUGAAGAUCCUGACCGACGACGACUCGCCAUUCUGGCUCUCUUGAGAGCUUAUUCUUCCGCGAUUAAUAGCAUGCCUGAGAAUAUGAGAUCAAAUAUUCACGUUCAGAUUAUAUCCUUAGAAAGCAUAAUGGAAUUGGGUCGAGCUCGAGAAAGACGAAAGAUUCAGGAUGAGAUGAGAGCCUUGGCGUUGAACGUUUUCUUACAAGGACGUCGAUUGCUGAAUCAUAAUUCUACGGUGAAAAGCCUCACCGGUUUCGGUACUGCCGCCGCUGCGGAUCUCUUCCUCAAGAGUAAAGAUUCAUUUAGUAAUACUCUUGCAACUAUACAUCAGGAACGGAACAGGGCGCCUUACCGCCUUUACGCACCGGCUUUCGUGCUAGCACCAUUGCGGGCGAAGAGCGAAGCUCCCGAAUCGUUCGGCAUGGCGAGGCCAGAGGAAUGCGCGGUGCUUUACUUGAGCUACUGUCUGAGCGAGGAUCAAUCUUGGCUGUUGGCGGCCGCAACCGACGAUAGAGGCGAAAUUUUCGAGACCGCUACCAUUAACAUCGACAUACCCAAUAGAAAAAGAAGAAAACGCGCUUCGGCUAGGCGCAUUGGACUUCAAAAACUCAUGGACUUCAUAUUGGGCGUUAUGUCUCAGGGUGUACAACCAUGGAGACUGGUUGUGGGUCGAGUCGGACGUAUCGGGCAUGGCGAAUUGAAAGGAUGGAGUUGGUUACUUUCUAGAAAAGCACUUCUGAAAGCAUCGAAGCAUUUGAAGGAAAUAUGCGGACAGUGUAGCCUCUUGUACCCUUCGGCAGCACCUUGCGUACUCAGCGCGUGUUUAGUUUCUCUGGAACCGGACUCCACUCUGAGAUUAAUGGCUGAUCAGUUCACUCCCGACGAGAGAUUCAGUCAGGCGUCCGUAAACUGCCAGUUAUCCACACCUCAAGAUGUCACGUGUACUCAUAUACUUGUUUUCCCUACAUCAGCUACCACUCAGUCAUCGCAAACUGCAUUUCAAGAACAGCACAACGUACCCGAAUUAGGAGACGACGAAUUGUUCUCCGCUCUAAACGAUGACAUGCCGGAAGGCAUGGAGGCAAUGGGAGAUUUCAACGAUAUAUUCAAUGUUUGGCCUGAACCUGGUGCAGGUGGUGGACAAAGUCCGAGCGGAAGUCCGCAUCGUCCUGAAGGAUCACCGCAUGGAGGAGACGGCGGUGGAUCAGGUUUAGGCAAUCAUGACGGUCCUGGUAGUCCCUUUCCAUGCAGCAAUACGCCAAGAACAACGACAACUGAGCAAGCAGAAGAGGUUGGUACUCUUCUACAACAACCGCUUGCUCUUGGUUACUUAGUGUCAACUGCGCCAACAGGACGAAUGCCACCAUGGUUUUGGGCAGCUUGUCCACAUCUUGAAAAUGUUUGCCCGGUAUUCCUCAAGAACGCGUUACAUCUACACAGUCCUGCGAUACAACAAAACAGCGAUGAUUUACUUCAGCAACAGAACGCACCCACUGCUCAUCCAUUGGAUUCGCAAUAUACCACUGACGUACUUAGGUACGUGUUGGAAGGGUACAAUGCACUGUCGUGGCUCGCACUGGAUGCGAACACCAAGGAUCGACUGUCCUGCUUACCAGUGCACGUACAGGCGCUCAUGCAUCUCUACCAUGCGACAGCAGCUCUCGUCUGACCCACACCCUCUCCCAUUGUAGUGCAGUAUAUGCACCUCUCUCACGCACUCCUUAUUGUACCGUCACUCGGGGCUUUACGAGAGCAACUGAUUUCCUAUGCCCUUUACCUAUACUACGUUAGUUAGGUACUUAGAGAGAAAGAGAUUGUCUAGGUACAGAGUACGAUCCUUCUCGACCAUAACAUACAUAAAGAGAACCGAGCUUUUUUUAUACUCGGACUCUGAUCAAUAUACAAGGUAGCGCAAUGAAAAUGCAAGGCUGAAAUAGCAGAAUCUGAUGAGAACGAACCAGCGACUCUCUUUACCAUUUUUCUAUUAUAACAGGCGAAAUAGAUUGUACUUUGUGUUUAUGAUCGUAUCUCGUAUUUCGUAAGGAAAAAUGAACUGCGCAUCCAAUACGACCAUUGUCAGUGAAAACAAAUGUGGAAUUUUGCGAAUGGUAGAAGUGAGGAUGCAAGUAAUGAGAGACACUGCGAGAAAGAAAGAUAGGACAAGAGAGAAUGAGGAUGAAA